ACGGGCACAGGGACAACACCUGCAUGCGGGAAGAGAUGGGGAGUCCCGGAAGUCACAUUUUCGGAUAAUAAGGAAGGCAACUAUGGAGGAUUGAAAUGUUGUCAGUGUUCGAAUAGUAUUGGUGAUAAUACGCGUGGCGACGCCGCUUGGAAAUCCUAUUUAAGACAGUGUGACUAAUCUUGUGUGUAGGUCAGGAAUUACUGCGGUGGGUCUGUGGAGGGGGUGGUGCCACACAAGUCCCCACCAAUGAAGACAUGAGGGCCACACACAGCAUGCUACUGUAGGGUGGAUAGUGAAAGGAAGAAUGCAGUCCUCAGGCCAUCGGCUACGGGAUGUGGAGCAGCAUCACCCCUUGCUGGCUGGCGAAGAGGAGGAGCUUAAGAGGGUGUGUUCAGCGCCAGGGGACCGCAUCUGGUUCAUCCAGGACAGCUGUGGCAUUGUGUGCGCUGUGAUAACCUGGUUCCUGGUGCUUUACGCCGGGUUUGUGGUCAACUUUGUCAUGCUGCUCCCCUCCAAGAACUUCUGGUUCUCACUGGUCAACGGAGUAGCCUUCAACUUCAUGGCCGUGAUGGCGUUGUCGUCGCAUAUACGCACCAUGCUGACUGAUCCGGGAGCAGUUCCCAAGGGCAAUGCCACUAAAGAGUACAUGGACAGCUUACAGCUAAAGCCUGGUGAGGUCAUCUACAAGUGCCCAAAGUGUUGCAGCAUCAAGCCUGAGAGAGCCCAUCACUGCAGCAUUUGUAAGAGAUGUAUCCGCAAGAUGGAUCACCACUGUCCCUGGGUGAAUAAUUGCGUGGGCGAGAAAAAUCAGCGCUUCUUUGUGCUCUUCACUAUGUAUGUAGCCUUGAUAUCAGCCCAUGCACUAUGUUUGACUGGCUAUCAGUUCUUCACCUGUGUCAAAGUCCAGUGGAAUGAGUGCAGUGACUUCUCCCCUCCCGUGGCCGUCAUGCUCAUGAUCUUCCUCUGUAUGGAGGCGCUCCUCUUCCUCACCUUCACCGCCGUCAUGUUCGGCACGCAGCUCCACUCCAUCUGCAACGAUGAGACGGAGAUUGAGCGGUUGAAAAACGAGAAGCCCACGUGGGAGCGGCGGGUGCGAUGGGAGGGCAUGAAGGCCGUGUUCGGUGGCCCGCCCUCGCUCAUCUGGUUCAACCCCUUCGCCGGCCUGCAGCUACGGCGCCUCCUCAUGGUCAGAGCACGCAAAGGUGGCGCAGAGUUCUCCGUCUAAGGAGAGGGACGACAAGACGACUCUUCCCCCUCCACCUUGCCACGCCGUCAGCCAGUCAUGCCCAUAGGCCUGUACCCAUAGACCAUGGCCCAAUCUUGAAGAAACCCCCAAAAGGUUUUGAACUGGGGGCCAGGGGUUGCUUUAUUCGUCUGUGUUUAGAAAAAGUGUCAGGACUACAGCAGGAAAGUGGCCAUUUGACAUAUGGAAUUCUAUCUUGCAUUCUAUUCGCCACACUGUAACGCCUGGCCUCAGACCGGUCUACAGUAAUGGGAAUGUGCAUUUCUCUCCUCUUUUUAAAAUGUCUUUUAAUAUCUGCUGAUUUUUUUUUUUAAGUAAAGCCUGUAAGUGAAAAGGUAUUCCAUCAAAAUGAAACCGUAGACAAACUGACACAAAGUAUUGAUCUAAGGGUUGACUGGAGUUGGCAUGAGCUUCAGACCAGUGGAGCUCUUCACUGAUCUUCAGUGCCGGGUCGGGUCUUGGCACAGUACAGCAAAGUUCCUGUUUGGUGUCCUGGAUUUAGUCACAUUUGACUUCAUAACAGUGUGGGUUAGCUAUGGUAACUCAGGUCACCAAAGCUUCAGAGGACAAGUAUUAACGCUGAUCUCCAACUACAGAGAAGCCAUUACUCUAAGGACGUUGUGACAACAGCGUUCCCCUUGUCAGUCACUUUUUCUUGUUCUUUUUGUUGAAAGAAUUCUAAUUUUUGUGAUUACCACUAAUGAAUUACUGAGAAUGAUAUGAGAUUAUCACUGCAUCACCCUGCACAUUUGGGUGAAAUUUGAAUUGUUUGUAGUGUAGUUAUCUUAAUAGAGGAAUGACACACAA